AUGGCGACGCUGGUGCGGCCGCCCGCGCUGCACAUCUGCGCCGUGAGUGGCGCCGGCGGCGGGAAGGAGAAGUGGGCGCCGCUGCCGCAGCGGUCGUGGUGGGGCCGGAACAAGCCGAGCUUGCCGCGCCAGCCGCGGCAGUCGGGCGGGAAUGGGGGCCGGGGAGGCGGGGGCGAAGCGCUGGACCAGGUGCUGGGUGUGCUCCGCCGCGACGGCGAGUUCCUCCAGGCCGCCGCUGGCGCCCCGCUCCGCGACGUCUUCUGGCUCCGCUUCCUCGAGAAGAAGCAGCAGCAGCGGAAGCAGCCGAAGCCUAAGCCCAAGCCUGCGCAGCAACAGCAGAUGCUGCAGCAGGAGGAGGUGGAGGUGGAGGAACUGCCUCGUGAAGCUCCAGCCUUCCCUCCUCCCGCGUACCAGCCAGGGUUGUCGUGCGUGGAGCUAAUGGCGGCCGAUUUCCAAGCUCUCAAGGUGUACGCCGGUAGCGCUCAACGCUUUCUCGCGCGGCGGUUCCUGGGAAGCCAGGGGCAGUCAAAAGCUCAACAACAACCUAAACCCAAACCCCAGGAGCAGCAGCAGAUACUUCAACCCCCGGUCUUCCCUCCACCCUCCUACCCUCCAGGGUUAUCCUGUAUGGAGUUAAUGAUGGCCGAUCUUGAAGCCCUCAAGUUGUACAUCAACUACUAUUCCACCAUCCUCACCACCCCGCUUCCCCAGCAUUACGAUCCCGACCUCCUUGCUCAGUACUUCGCCUCACGUCCACAUAUCCUCGCUUUUCGCACCAUUCAGAUACUCUUUGCAUUUGUCUCAGCUGUGGCAAAGAUGCAAAUUUCUAAAAGAUCACAGUUGACCGCAGAUGCUACCUACAGCAGUGGCAACAGCAGCAAUGGUUUCGAUGCUUCUCAAUACACAGUUGGCCAGCUUCUCAAGGAGAUGUUUCUUGACCUUGGACCUACUUUUGUUAAAGUUGGACAAUCCCUUUCUACAAGACCUGAUAUCAUAGGUUCAGAGAUUUGUGAGGCCCUCGCUGAGUUGCAUGAAAGAGUUCCUCCUUUCCCAAGAGAGGAUGCAAUGGAGAUUAUUGAAGGAGAAUUUGAGUGCCCUGUAUCACAUAUUUUCAGUUACAUUUCGGAUGAGCCUGUAGCAGCUGCUUCCUUUGGACAGGUUUACCAGGGGCGGACAGUUGAUGGUGCUCUUGUGGCCAUAAAGGUUCAGCGGCCAAACCUUCUACCCGCUGUACUGCGAGACAUAUAUAUUCUACGUCUUGGGCUUGGUUUCAUACGGAAGGUAGCCAAACGAAGAAGUAAUAUUUCUCUCUAUGCUGAUGAGUUGGGUAGAGGUUUCGUCGGCGAGUUGGACUACAAUAUUGAAGCUGCUAACGCUACCAAAUUUCUGGAGGUUCAUUCUAGGUAUCCUUUUAUGCUAGUUCCUAAGGUUCUAAAACAACUUACUAGAAAGAAGGUUUUAACAAUGGAGUGGGUGACUGGUGAGAACCCCAAGGAGUUGCUUUCCUUGACUAAAGGAGUUUCUGGAAAAGUUACUGAAGUUUCAGAAAAGCAGAAGUUGGAAGCAAAAACUCACCUUCUUGACCUGGUCAAUAAAGGUGUCGAGGCAUCAUUAGUGCAGCUUCUUGAGACAGGCUUGUUGCAUGCCGAUCCUCAUCCUGGCAACUUGCGUUAUACACCUGAAGGUCGAGUUGGGUUUCUUGAUUUUGGUCUGCUUUGCAUGAUGGAGAGGAAACAUCAGCGAGCUAUGCUUGCAAGCAUCAUACACAUAGUAAAUGGAGAUUGGGCUUCCCUUGUCUAUGAUUUGACUGAAAUGGAUGUAGUUCCACCAAACACCAAUCUGCGCCGUGUGACAAUGGAGUUGGAGGACGCAUUGGGCGAGGUAACCUUUGAAGAUGGAAUUCCAGAAAUCAAGUUCAGUAAGGUGCUUGGAAAAAUUUGGUCUGUGGCAUUUAAAUAUCACUUCCGUAUGCCGCCUUACUACACACUGGUUCUCCGGUCACUUGCUUCUUUGGAAGGACUGGCUGUGGCAGCAGACGAGAAUUUCAAAACAUUUCAAGCAGCAUACCCAUAUGUUGUUUGGAAGCUUCUUUCCGAUAAUUCACUUGCAACAAGGAGACUCUUAAAUCAGGCAAUUUUCAACAAAAAGAAAGAGUUCCAAUGGCAGAAGGUUGCCGCAUUUCUAAAGUUAGCUUCAGCGAGGAGCAACUUCAAAUAUAAUAGUGGAGCUUUGCCUGAACCUGACACAAAGGACGUGACUGUCGCUAGCCUUCUAGAGAUCAGUGGUACAUCUUCACUUGACCGUGCUACAGCUACACCAGAGAGGGCAGUGCACACUGCAAACCUGUGUGUGAGACUUUUAUUAUCAAAGGACAGCGUUGUUAUUAGGAGACUUAUUAUGACAGCGAAUGCAAAAUCUCUUGCCCGUGAUCUGAUCUCCAGAGAUGCAUCGAUGUUCCGGGUGCUCCUCAGUAAGGUUAUUGCAGAUGUCGUCUGCCAGUGGAUGUUGAACGUCGCAGGCUUGAAACGAGUUGCGGAGACCAGGAUGCGGACGCCCGUGACCAUAGGAAAGAAUGAUGGCCAUCUGGUGCUGUCUGAAGAAUCAUCAACCCUGAUGGCACUUCAAGCGGUCGUAACAGACCGCAGGAUGCAGGUCAUAUACUCCAAAUUUGUGAGGGAGUUAAGAGAAGAGCCUGUCCUGAUGGUCAGGGUGAGCUGGAACAUGUUCGUCAUCUCGGUCACAUCUGCUGCGGUCGGCCUGCACCGCUUCAUGGUGUUCCUCUCGGAGGAAUACUUGCCGACGCUGCCGCCGCCUGUGCCCCCGCCCCGGCUGGUUCAGAUUCAGACCCUAUAAACUGCAGCGACCAGACAUAGAACAUAAAGAUGGUUCCUGGUCGCUCAUGUACUGUGCCCCUCCCCUGUAUAUAAACGCUGCAGGAUCAAUCAGUAAUUCUGCGGCGUGUUCCUAGCUAGUUGCCAUGCAUUUUUCUCUUCCACUAUUGGAUCACGUGGGGUGGACUGUUAUCUUAAGCUGCAGUUGAAACCUGCUUUCGCGGGAGAAGGGAAGACCGAAGCUUUUUUUUU